GGCUGGUGAGCUGACGGACGCAGUUGGACGCAGCUCGGGAUUGGAGGCAGCCACGUUACCACGGCAUUUCGCAGUCGCACUCGCAUUCGGAUUCGGAUUCGCAUUCCGCAUUCGCAGUCGCGAACGACAUGGAUUUGGAGAUAGACACGGACAUGGAAAUGGAUAUCGACAUGGACAUGGAACUGUGAAGCGGACCCAGUUAUAAUAACAACAACAAAAUUCGCCUCAUCUUCAUAGCCAUCCGGAAUCCGGGAAUCAGCUCUCUCCAAGAUCCUCUUACGCUCAAGAUUUCUCUUCAUUUAACCCACAACCGGCUACGUUUCCACGUUUAACGGAUCUCUGCCAUGGGGCAGGAGGUACUUGAGCUCCGGGCAUUCCCUGCAUGCACUGCCAGCAUGUGCACCAUCACCCCGAUCUCGGUCUCGGUCUCGAUCACGAACCCGAUCUCAAACUCUCACUCGAUCUCUCUGCUACGCUCGCCACGCUUCGCCGUGUGAGCUUCCGCCGGAAUCGGCCAAAGGGUGGCGGCGCAGUCGGAAAAUGAGCGCUUGCGAGACGGCGUCCGCUGGCGAGGAUGCCGGAGGCGGUGGAGCUGGUCCCUCCAAGUCCGAGGACGGCCAGCCGCCGGAGGAGAAGCUGGAGAAGCAACAAAAGCAGGAGAAACAAAAGCAGCCGGAAAAACAGAAUGGAAAACGCGAAGGGGAAAGCCUCACACCGCCGGAGGAAAACCGUUCCAAGAUUGAGGCCAAUCGGAGUUCGGUGCUAGUGGACACCAGUGGUGCUGCCCCGUCGCUGGACGCUUUGGUGGCCUGCAAGGAUGCCCUCCUGGCCCAGAAGCUCUUCGCCAGCGGUGGCGCCACACCAGGACCCUCAUCCUCCACCGUCGGAAUGGCAGGUGGGGUUAGUAUCGGAGUGGCAGCUGCAGCCAGUGGUAAGCUUAAGGAACCCAUGCGCGUAGGCUUCUACGACAUCGAACGGACCAUCGGCAAGGGUAACUUUGCGGUCGUGAAGCUGGCCAGGCACAGGAUCACCAAGAACGAGGUGGCCAUCAAGAUCAUCGACAAAUCCCAACUAGACCAGACAAAUCUCCAGAAGGUCUACCGCGAGGUGGAGAUCAUGAAGCGACUGAAACAUCCCCACAUCAUCAAGCUCUACCAAGUCAUGGAGACCAAAAACAUGAUCUAUAUCGUCUCGGAGUAUGCCAGUCAAGGCGAAAUUUUUGAUUACAUCGCCAAGUAUGGUCGCAUGUCCGAGUCGGCGGCCCGCUACAAGUUCUGGCAAAUCAUCUCGGCGGUGGAGUACUGUCACAAGAAGGGCAUCGUCCAUCGGGAUCUCAAGGCGGAGAACCUGCUCCUCGACAUGAACAUGAACAUCAAGAUAGCGGACUUUGGUUUCUCCAAUCACUUCAAGCCCGGCGAGCUUCUCGCCACGUGGUGCGGCUCCCCGCCCUACGCCGCUCCCGAGGUCUUCGAGGGCAAGCAGUACACGGGUCCGGAGAUUGAUAUUUGGUCCCUGGGCGUAGUCCUGUAUGUCCUGGUGUGCGGCGCCCUGCCCUUUGAUGGCUCCACGCUGCAGAGUCUGCGGGAUCGAGUGCUGUCCGGCCGCUUCCGGAUACCGUUCUUCAUGAGCUCCGAGUGCGAGCACCUGAUCCGUCGGAUGCUGGUCCUGGAGCCGACACGGCGCUACACCAUCGAGCAGAUUAAGCGGCAUCGCUGGAUGUGCCCGGAGCUGCUGGAGCACGUCCUGAUAGCCAAGUACAACCUGGGAGCGGACCGGCAGUCCAGCCUGGAGCCCAGCGAGGACAUCCUGCGGAUAAUGGCGGAGUAUGUGGGUAUCGGUCCGGACAAGACGAGGGCGAGUCUGAAGAAGAACACCUACGACCACGUGGCGGCCAUUUAUCUGCUCCUGCAGGAUCGGGUUAGCCACAAGAAAGAGCAGAGCAAUGGAGCUGGAUCGGGGUCUGGAUCCACUUCCUCCUCGGCAUCUGCAUCGGCCUCUGGUUCCGCCUCCGCUUCGGCUGCCAGUCGCAUGCUCUAUAAGAGCUCCAAGCAGGAACCACAAAACCAAUCCAAGACAAUAUCCACCAGCUCGAUCCUGGCCAAGGAUCAGGCUCACAAAAGACUUAACCGCCACCAGACGGCGGUGCUGAUGAGUGAAAGAUCCGGAGCUCUGGAUCCGGCAACAGCGGCAGCCUACUUUGCCAAAUACGGAGGACUACCUCUGCCCCUGCCCCACGCCCACGCCCAUCUGGCCGGGUAUCUGAACGGAGCAGCGCCUGGCGGGGACUUGGAGUCAAUGGUUGGCGCCGGCGGAAUACCUCUUCCCAUGCGAUACACUCCCCUGCCGGCAGCUGCCUCGCCCGCUCCCUCCAGCUGCUCCACAUCCGCGGGCACUGGAUCCUCCCGGAUGGGACGACACAGUCUGAGUUCCAGUUCGCCGCGAAGCCAUCGGCCGGUGGCCAUUUCCCUGAGCAUCGAUCAGAAUCCCUCGCUGGCCAACAUGCGCUGCCGAGAGAUGAUGGAUGGCAGUGGCGGAGGAGGACCUGGCAUCCCACUGGUUUCCAAGCAACUGCAUCAGACCAUCAGCGAGUACAUCAUCAAGCAGAGCACCGAGGAUUGCCGUCAACUAUUGCAACAGUCAACGGCCAUCGCUGAAGGCAAAGAUGAACCUCCACUAAAGCCGGAGACUACCCCCACAUCCAGUGCCGUAGGACUAGGAUCAGCGUCAGGCUCUGUGUCCGGCGGAGUAGGUCCUGGUUCCUGUCCAAGUGAACCCGGCAGCAAGACAAUAAAAGCCAUGUCCAGUUCCAGCAGCUUCGACUCCACCGCCAAUCUGGGCCAGAGUUUCCGCUACAAGAUGUCCGCGGAGGCCACCAAACUGUUCCAGACUCUUCAGGAGAGUCCUCUCCCUGUUGAGCAACGGAGUAGACGUCGUGGGCACCUGCCCAGCACCAAUGGCAGUGGCGGAGACUCCGGCCAGGAGAUGAACGAAUCGAAGACGAACGGAGACAGUCGCUAUGAGAAGAAGGUCCUGGCCCAAGGAAGCUCCAGCACGGAUGAGGGCUGCGAGACAGAUCAGGGAAAUGAUCCAGCCUCGGGUUCCCAGGACGCAAAGGGUUGCAAGGGUCAGGAGGAAGGAGCUGGAGCUAGAGGAGGAGGGGCUGGAGACGGAACUGGAGGCGUUGGCAACUCCAAUGGUGGGCCCAGCGGCUCCCACUCCAGCAGUGAUCUGACCCACCUAGCUGGAGCCACUGCCUCCGGCCAGAGCCAUCGGAUGCGGUCGUAUGCGAGCAGCAGCAGCUCCAGCGGAGUCCUUGCCGGCAGCGCGGGCAGCUACUCCAAGUCCUUGAGCCAGAAUCUAAGCCGCGGCUCCUCGAAGAGCAACUGCAGCGGCCCGUACGACAGUUUGGACUUCGCCCUGCCCUCCGGAAAGGGCAGCCUGCCCUCCUGCAUGGGCUCCAGCUCCAUGCUGGCCACGCCCACGCCGGCCUCCGCCUCACCGGCGGCCAUGUCCUCGGAACACUCCUCGGAGAGAUCCCUCUACGGCAGUCACAACUCCUGCAUCCACAUGCCGGGUGCCCUGGCCCUGGGAUUGGGCCUGACUCCCAGCUCCACAUCGACGCCGACUCCAAAUCCCACACCUCCGCCUCCACCGAAUGGAGCAGGAGGAGGAGGAGCGAGUGCACCCUUCCUGGACAAGCGCUCACCCAUACACUUCCGGGAGGGACGGCGAGCCAGCGAUGGGCUAGUGGCCCAGGGUCUCCUCAGCUCCGGAUCUCUGCUGGGCACCAGCCGGGUCUACGGAAGCUAUCGCCACGAGCAGGCCAGGCGGCAUGGGUGGCUGGAGAUCCAGCAGCUGCAGCAGGAGGCCGCCCACGUCCACGGGCAUGGUCACGGACACGUCCACGGACAUCCCCAUCACCCCAAUCAUCCAUCACACCAUCCGGCUGCUUACGGGCUGGAGGAACUCUGUCAAUUCCCAAAUGGUCAAUUCUAUGCCUUGCCCAGCAAACACCAUCCGCUGCUGACUCUGCCGCAUGCGCAUCAUCAGUCCCAUCCGCAUCAUCACAAUCCUCUCCAGGCCCAGCAGCAUCAUCCUCUGUAUCAUCCACCGCUAAUGCUGGAAACAGCAGCCGCGGCAGCUGCAGCAGCUGGCGGGGAUCUGUACGGACACGGAUGCUAUGCCCCGCCGCCGCCCCCACCCGGUCUCUAUCCCCAUCAUCCUCUGGGUGUGGGCGUUGGCGUGGGGGUGGGCGUGGCCAUGCCCAUGUCACCGAUGCAGAAGCCGCCACUGCAACAGCAACUCCUGCAACAUCGUCUGCUGCAGCAGAAGCGUCAAUUGUUCCAGAAACAGUACGCCCUGGAGGCCCAGUUGGCCGGAAGGCAUCACCAUCAUCAUCAUCCGCAGGCGCCGCCACAUCCGCAACAGCAGCAGCUCCACCAUCAGCAUCACUUUGGGCAUCCGCCGCCCAGCCAACCGCCACCGGCGCCGGCCCCGGAAUCCCAUCUGGCCGAGGAGCUCUACGAACUGGCGCUGCUGGAGCGUCCGAGGAGUGGGACACCCAGACUACAGCACUCGAUGACGAUGCCGGGAACACACGCCUUCAGCCAGAUGAACCUGAAGACCACCUACAUCAGUCAGUCGGAGCAGAUGCCGAACGGAGGGGCUGGCGGCGGAGCCGUAGGCGGUGGUGGCGGAGUAUCCGGCGGUGGAGGCACCACUGGCGCAUCCACUGCACCGCCGUCCACAACCCCGGGCACACCCACGGCGGUCAAGUGCAAGCCAGUGGCCAGUCUGGAUGGUGACUACCAUACAUCCACGCCAGUGCUCAGCCUUUUUGCGCCCAACUGGCAGUCGCUGGUGAAGCCGCUCAGCGAGAGUCCCAUCCUGGAGCUGUCCGAGCAUCUGGAGUCUGGCUAGGAGGCUGGAGGCUGGAGGCUGAAGGAAGAUCCUAAUCCGAGAACUAUUUUAUUAAGAGCUCGCAAUCGCAAUUAUGAAUUAUUUGAUCUUUAUACGAUACGAUAUACACUUAUACAUACAUAUAUACAACUAGCAGGUACACUCAGAGAAUUUUUCAGAAGAAAUUUCAUCAAAUUCUAUUUAAAGA